ACACCUGGCUGUGCGGUGCAUUUACCAUCGCUUUACCCACAGAAAGCCUAUUUAAAAAGGAAAGGGAUGAGUCCAACGCUCCUGACUCCGUAACCCCCCUCCAAAAGAACCCAGCUUUCUCUCUCCGGCUGCGCGUCCCUCAAUCUGGAUCGGCAUAAAUGAAUGAAACACAGGGGAAUAUCGAUAGACAAUCGCACAGGACAACUCUCUGUCAAACCAGCCUGCCAGAAGGAAUUUACGUCGGGCUUGACAGGCAAAUCAACAUGAGUUUUUUCCUCUGGAACUUCAUCUCAAGCUUGUCAAAUGUGUAAGACGGCGACCGGUGUCUUCUGCCCCCCUUGCAAAGGAGUCACGCUGUGAUUAACGGUCAGGUUUUUGACUGCCAGGACAAAUGAAUACAAAUGAAUUUAGGCACCCGAAGGAGAGAUUGCAGAACCUCUCAUCUAGACACAAAGAGAGCCCUAUUGCUCUGUACAGUUUUAUAUUGUACUUGUUACCUGGGACUUACACAAGUACACUCUGAAGAUGUGGACAUCCUCCAAAAGUUGGGGCUCAAGGGAGAGAAGCCGUCACGCUCGGUGCCAGCAGGGGUCAUUCCAUUCAAAUCGGGGAUCAUCCUCAACCAGCGGGCGCACAUUGAAACUCCAUUGCGCUCAGUCUUCCCAGCGGCCAUCUGGCCCAACUUGGCACUGGUCCUGAGUGUUCGCUCACACCGUGUCAACAGUGCUUUCCUCUUCACCCUGCUCUCAGGCCGCAGGAAGCUCCUUCUCGGUCUGCAGCUUGCACCGGGCAAUCUGGUCCUUCACACAGGACCAAACACCUCGGUGGCAUUGCCCUAUGAGCCCCAUGAUGGUCAGUGGCACCAGCUGGCGGUGGGAAUUAAUGGACAGCGAGUGACUCUAUAUGCCUCCUGCGGAGAGCAGAGUGUUCAUGCAGACUUUGGGUGUGACAGUGAGGAGGGACUGGCUCCAGAGCUCCAGGGCUCCUUCCUGCUUGGGCGGACAAGCCAGCAACAAGCCUCAGCCCACUUUGAAGGAGCCAUCUGCCAGUUUGACCUGGUCCCUUCUGCACAGGCAGCUCACAACUACUGCAAGUACAUUAAGAAACAGUGCAGGGAAGCUGAUACAUACAGGCCUAACCUUCCUCCCUUGUUGCCUAUCCUACCACGAGAAACAAACAUCACAGCUACUGCUGCUACACCUAAACGCGGUAGCCCGGAAACAGCGAGGAAGCCCACGAGGCUGAGCCUUGCCAAGAGUGUUGCCGCUGCUGCCUCGGCUGUCAGAUAUGUGGCUCCCACCCAAACAAUAAAGCCCAGCCCUGGGACCAUUCAUACACCCCUGCUGGGAACUGUGAUACCAGUCAUAGUCCAGCUUGGUUUGGCCUCCCCGUCUCCCAAGGCCAGGACUGAAACUGUCACAGCACCACUCAGGACAAGAGAACCCCUGACAAAACCACCAAACCCAGGACCCUCCACCUCUAAAGCUUCAAAUCAGAAACCCUCCAAACCCACUCCCACAAAUCCCACUCCUCAUAACAGCUCCAAAAAGACGAUAGCCGGAAUAGACAACAAGAAGAAACCUACUAUUCCAGCCACUACCAGCACCAAACCCUUCAAGAUAAAGUCAGACUUAUCAGACCAAGUUGCAGUCCCAAAGAAACCACAACCCACCACAGCCAAGAAAACAUCUCCCAAGCCUAAAGUUUUGCCAUCCGAUGCCACUCCAUCCAAACCCAGAACAAAUUCUGUCAAAGUUGUCCCUUCUAAACCAACGAUAUCCAAAGUCAACCCCUCAAAAUCAACAAUCUCCAAAACUACAACUGCUAAAACCUCCAAGCCAGUCAAACAGGUCAUCAAAUCAACAAAGCAAGUCAAAACCACCAAGGCUCCAGUCACCCCGAAACCAACCAGACCUUCGUAUAACCCAGUAACACCACCCGCUACUGAUGCCUUCCAGAGCUGGGAGGUACCACCUACUCAGUUCUCCCUGCUGGCUGGACCUAUAGGACAGAAAGGAGAAGCAGGCCCAGCGGGACUGCCAGGACCUCCAGGAAAGCCAGGCCUGCCAGGCAAGAGGGGUCCUCGGGGCGCCCCUGGUCCCCAUGGAAACCCUGGCCGACAUGGUCCACCCGGGCUCAAGGGGAGAAAAGGAGACCCUGGCAUCUCACCUGGGCCAGCACCUAAAGGAGAGAAAGGAGACUCAGGGAUUAUUGGCCCGGUUGGACUGACUGGCCAAGAAGGUCGGAAGGGACAGAAAGGUUACCCUGGUCCACCUGGACUCCCUGGAGAGCCUGGAGAGCAAGGUCCAGUCGGAAGCCCAGGUGCCAAAGGUUAUCCUGGCAGGCAGGGUUUACCAGGGCCCAUAGGACCAGUGGGGCCUAAAGGCGUUCGGGGUUUCAUUGGAAUCCCGGGGCUUUUUGGCCUUCCUGGGCCUGAUGGCGAAAGAGGCAUUCCUGGCGAACCAGGGAAGAGGGGCAAGAUGGGUAGGCCGGGGUUUCCAGGGGACUUUGGGGAGAGAGGACCACCUGGACCAGAUGGAGAGCCAGGUGAGAUGGGAGCCCCCGGUCCAAACGGAGUUCUUGGACUUAUUGGUGAUAUGGGACCUUUGGGAGAGAUGGGCCUUCCAGGACCUAAUGGACUGAAGGGGGUGCCCGGAAAUCCAGGAGAACCAGGACUGAAAGGUGAUAAGGGUGAAAUUGGGAUUCCUGGAGAGCAAGGGGAGAUUGGGUACAAAGGAGACAAGGGCAUCCAGGGGGCUCCAGGGUUACCAGGCAUCCGUGGGAAACCAGGACCACAGGGCAAGCUAGGAGAGAGAGGCCCUAAUGGUGCACCUGGACCACCAGGCCCUGAGGGUUUCCCUGGUGACAUGGGACCACCGGGAGAGAAUGGCCUUGAAGGACCAAAGGGAAAGCCAGGGGCCAGAGGUUUACCAGGGCCACGAGGGGUGCCUGGCUUGGAGGGAGAUGAGGGCCCAAUUGGACCACCAGGCCCAACAGGACUUGAGGGUAGAAUGGGCAGAAAAGGAUUUCCUGGGAAGGUUGGGCCAGAGGGAGUUAAGGGAGAGACCGGUGUCACAGGAAAAGUUGGAACCAUGGGAGAAAGAGGCUUGGUGGGUUUCAUCGGACCUGUGGGAGAGGCAGGACUGGCAGGAGAGAAGGGGGAUCGAGGGGAGAUGGGCCUUCCCGGACCACCUGGAGAAAAGGGAACAACGGGUCACCCAGGGACACCAGGUGAGAUCGGACCUACAGGACCACCAGGAAGACCAGGCCCUCCUGGAGCGACUGGGCCAGCCGGUACCAGAGGACCCAAAGGCUUACGGGGUGCGAUAGGGCCUGACGGUCCAACAGGAGAGAUGGGGUUAGAGGGCAAGAUGGGUCUUGAUGGUCCUCCAGGAAAAAUAGGUUUCCCUGGACCACAGGGGAAGAUUGGAGAGACAGGGGAAACUGGGCCUAAAGGUUUUCCCGGUAUCCAAGGGCCCUCAGGACCUCCAGGGGACAAGGGAAUAGCAGGCGAGCCGGGACCACCUGGGCCACCAGGGACUGUGGGACUAUUAGGAGAAAUUGGUCAAAAGGGUCCUCCAGGCAAGGUCGGAGAACCAGGACUGCCAGGCGAGCCAGGGGAGAAGGGAGCCAUUGGACCUGCUGGGAACAUCGGCGAGCAGGGACUAAUGGGACAGCGGGGAGAGCCAGGCCUAGAGGGAGAAGCUGGUCCAGCUGGUCCCGAUGGAGCCAAGGGUGAAAAAGGCGACAUGGGUCAGGAGGGCGACAAAGGAGAAAAAGGUGAAACUGGGAUAAAGGGAAUGGAGGGCCCACCUGGAAGUCCUGGACUCACUGGCGUCAGAGGUCCAGAAGGCAAACCUGGCAAAAUUGGGGAAAGAGGCAAACCAGGGUCAAAGGGUGCCAAAGGUCAUCAAGGUCACCUUGGGGAGACUGGGCCAGUGGGGAAGACUGGACCACCAGGUUUUGUUGGGCCAAAGGGGUCCAGAGGAACCAUUGGACAUGUGGGGGCUCCUGGUCGAAUGGGUCAACAGGGGGAACCUGGUCUUGCAGGUUAUGAGGGCCAUCAGGGACCACAGGGCCCUAUGGGGCCUCCAGGACCAAAAGGUGAAAAGGGCGAGCAGGGAGAUGAUGGGAAAGUAGAGGGUCCUCCUGGUCCUCCAGGUGACAUAGGUCCUCCAGGUGACAGAGGAGAGAGAGGGGAACCAGGAGAUCCGGGUUACAAAGGUCAAGUUGGUGUGGAUGGAGAGAGAGGCAGAUCAGGAGCUCCUGGACAACCUGGACAACCUGGACCACGCGGGCAACAAGGACCCAAAGGGGCCAAAGGAGAUCAAGGUCAGAAAGGCAAAAGGGGUCAGUCAGGACAAAAAGGAACCAGAGGACCAGAGGGCAGGGGUGGUCUUCCUGGUCCCAGAGGUGUGGUGGGCCGAGAGGGACAGGAGGGUGUGCCCGGGGUGGAUGGAGUCCCAGGAAAGGAUGGCAGUAAAGGCAUGCCGGGAGAGCAUGGUGAUGAUGGGGAGGCUGGUCUUCCUGGCAAAGCUGGCUCACAUGGUAAAACUGGUGUUCCAGGACUCCCAGGAGAUCAGGGGGGCAUUGGGCCAAAGGGUGAGCAGGGUCUUCGAGGCCAGAGUGGACCUCCAGGGAAAAGAGGCUUCAGAGGUGGAAUGGGACUGCCAGGGCCACAGGGAGACCAAGGACCCAAAGGGCAACCUGGUGAUACAGGGGAACCAGGAUUUCCAGGAAUUCUGGGAGUUUUUGGACCAAGGGGGCCUCCAGGAGACUUUGGGCCAAAGGGUAUACGGGGACCAAAGGGGCCACAGGGCACAAUAGGCAGAGGAGGAGUUGCUGGACCAAUGGGAAUUAUUGGUCCCAAUGGAAGCGCAGGUCCUAGAGGAGAGAAGGGCAACCGUGGAGAGACUGGAUUUCAAGGCCCAAGGGGAUCUCCUGGACCUCGUGGACCCCCUGGACUUGCAGGUCCCCCAAGUAUCCCUCCAUCAUUUAAUAUGCCAGUGAUGGACCUGCCAAUGCUGGACCAGGGCACAGAGAUCUUUAAGACCCUCCACUACCUCAGUAACCUGAUCCAGAGCCUGAAGAACCCACUGGGCACUCGGGACAACCCCGCCCGCAUCUGCAGGGACCUGCACAGCUGUGAACAGAAGUUAAACGAUGGCACUUAUUGGAUUGAUCCCAACCUGGGCUGCUCAUCAGAUACAAUAGAAGUCUCCUGCAACUUUACUCGAGGUGGACAGACUUGCCUAAAACCAAUAACAGCAUCAAAGCCAACAAUGAGCGUUGGUCGUGUCCAGAUGAACUUCCUGCACCUGCUGAGCUCAGAGGCAGUGCAGCACAUCAUCAUCCACUGCCUGAACAUCUCUGUUUGGAGGCCAGCUGAAGAUCAGCCAGCUGCCCAGGGGUCUGUGAGAUUCAAGGCCUGGAGUGGGGAGGUGUUCGAGGUGGGAGGAGAGCUUGAGCCAGAAGUCAUAGAAGACUCCUGCUGGAUAAAAGAUGGCCGUUGGCACCAGACCCAUUUUGUGUUCCACUUCCUGGACCCCACCCUGCUCCCUGUGGUCGACAUCUACAACCUCCCCAAUACUACUCCUGGCUCCCAUUACCACCUAGAAGUAGGUCCUGUAUGCCUCCUGUGAGGCCUGCAGUGUAAGUCGUCUGAGUAUGGAGGGAUGGAUCAUCACCCAUGCAGGUGUGGAGGUCGGAGCAGUCUCCUCCUAACUAUGGCAAAACAAUCCAAGCGAGUACAAGCCUCCCUCCAAACAGAUCCUGCUUCACUCUGCCAAACUCCCAUUGGACUGCAGACACAGAGGGAGGAAGCACGGGGAGCUGGGGGGACAAAUAAGAGCUGAAGAGGAGCAGGGGAGUUCUUGCACUAAUAGCUUCUCCAUACGGCAAAAGCUUCUUCAAGCUCUUCAAGAAGGAUCUCCAUAUGUACGCCCGCUUGGAGAAAAAAAGGCUCUAUGCCACACAAUCUCUCUGGAACAUUACUAAGUGAAGGGAGAUCAAGGCCAAGUUAAUCAGCGGACAUUACAGUAACUUAUUUUUUUAACUGUAUACAGUCUGUAUACUGUGUGUACUUUUUUUGGAAAUACCAGGAAUUCAAUUCUGUUAGAAGAGAAGAAUUAAAGUAAUUGGGAUCAGUUAAAUGUACAUAUAUGUAUGCUUAUUAUUAACGUUUAUACGUGUAUAUCUUAUGUAAAAAAAAAAUAAUCUUCAAGUGCAAUAGAAAAUGAGAAGAUAAUUUGAUAUUUUAAAUUUAUAUGGAAGGAUUUUUCAGGGGUGCCAUUUUAUUUGCCAUUGGUGCUCAUCUCCUUGUGAUCUUGCCCAUGUGAAUUAAUCCAAAGGCAGGCUCAUUUGCUUAAUUGCUCAUUUGAGCAGACAACACAUCUGUAUUUACUAGUGCUCCAAGUGGGAAAUCAUGGCUUUCAGUUUCCUCUCUAAUGCGGGAAAACCAGUGGCACCCAGUCAACUCUCUGUAAUAACAUCUGAAGCAACACACUGAUGCACACAAGCCGUCCACAUGGAAAGUCAGUACAUUAAAUACUUAUUGCUAUACUUAUUACUCAUACAUUAUUGAACCGGAUGCCACUGAUGAUUAGGGAGAACAUCUGCAGUUGUGGAGAUUAGAGGUCAGAGUGAAAUGGAGUAUUAAGUAUUAAGUUCUCUGCAACUGUGGAGUGUGAAAUCAUUUCCUUGCUUCCUUAUAUGAUAAAAGAUAGGAGGGUAAUAGUUGUUAUUUACUCAGCACUACACGGGACCAGGCGUCUCUUCUUCUACCCCACUUACAAUAGACAGACUAAAGGUACAGGCAUUCCUUAGAGGAAAACUGAGCCACAGGAGAGAGGAGAGUGGGUCCAUGAAUCAAAAUUAAAACCCCAUCUUCUAUCCCAUCCUCUCUCUAAUGCAUGGUGCUAAGUAAAUUAUCUAAGGUGCUAACCAUAGUGCUGUAAUUACACCACUUUGCUAAAAUAUUCUGAUGUUUAUAGUGCAUGAUGCUUAGAUGAAUAUAAAAGUCCAUAUAAUAUAUUGCCAUAGCUUCCAUAAUGCACUAUAAUGUUAAUAUCCCAUCCAAAACUAUAUAAUUCCUUAAUAGUCAACCAUCUGUUGUUAAUUCAAAACUGUUUUUGUCCAAUGCUGCAUUUUACAGAGAUGCUUAUUCUGAUUGAAAAUAUUUUUGAAAUAACUAUAAAAACUACAAUCACAAUCACAGGGUUUGAAGUAUUUUUUAAGAAUAAAGUUUUCUUUUUUUUUUGUACAAAGCCCCCCACAGCUGUAUGUAAUAUUUUUAGAAACACAACUAGUGGAGAUAGUUUUAAUUAAAUAAAAGUUUCUUUGUUGUAGCUGGACACAAGUGUGUAUAAUUGUGCAAACCUUGCUGUAUACAGUGGAUCCCCUCUUGCUAAUUUAAUGUUAUUUAAUGUUGUUAACGUGGUUGCCGACUGAGCAAAUUUCUGUUGGUUGAAGCAAUACUACUCUUUCUGACAACUUUAUAUAUCAGUUUGCCCAACUGGUCUUGGAGUUUAUAGAUUUUUUUAUGUGUAAAUUUGGGGCUCCAGAGAACAAAUUUAUUGCAAUGUUAAUUAUCUUUUAUUUUUUUAAUUUUUGUUAUUUUGCUUUAUGUUGUUUUUCCUCUAUGAUAAUCAACCAUGUACUGUACCAGGACUCUGUGCUAUACUAUAACUUGUGUUUUAAAGAAUUAUGCAAAUAUGUGAACAUUUCUUCUUUUUGUAAAUCUGUUGUAGACAUUAAAACGAGAUAAGAAUACCUCACAUUUUUACACAUGACUUGGAGCAAAGAUUUUCUGUUGCCUUUCUAAUUAAAGCCUGAUUGGAAAUAUCAGCAUCAUCAAACUCUGAACAAGACCAUUUCUGGUGCCAACAUGCUUUAUCUGUCAUACUGUUUAUUCAUUGUUCAAUGUCCAUUUGUUCAAUAAAUACUUUCAAUUUG